AUGCACAGGGAUCUUUUCGAAUCUUAUCGUCUGUCUACCUGUACCCCUGCACGAGGGGUCCAGACCGUCCAACAGCAGAACACACACGCAGACGGACGUGCUACAUGGCUACAUGGCUUGGCUAUGUCAGGUGGUAUUCUUCAGACUGCCACACGAUAUGGGCGUUCCCCAACUCUCGGUAUUGUCGCUGAUAGCAUCUCUUUUCCGCUUCCCUGGUGUGGCAUGCUCAAGGCGGACAGGAUGUAUCUUGAACCACAUCACACUAAUUUGGACUCUCCCACCACUGAGCCGCAUUACACUCGCUCAUCGUACGACCAUCGUGGUUCCAUGUCCGGUUCCUGCAGAUCAUCCGACAAACGAGAAACAACUUGUUGA